AAAAAAAGUACAGUGUUGCCUGCUGGACAUGACAAGUGUGAGAAAAAUCCUAAUUAUUUAAGUGAAUUUAUCGAUGAAACUCCAUCUGAUCACGGCACUUAAAUUAGAAGGUACCGUAGUGCCAUUAAACGUUAUAGCUGUCGACAGUGCCAAGUUAGUAACAAGCUUUGCCUUUGUUUCAAAUGUUCCCGAGCUGAAGUAAGUUUAUUCUCGUCAAUAUUUUCACAAUAAGAGUUUUCCGUUUAGUAAACGAAUAAACGAGUAGAUAAGCGAGACGAGAAAUAAUAUAGGAGACAUGAGAAAUGAAUAAAAAUAUGGAAAUGCAGCAAUAGAGAACAUAGGAAAAAUAAACAAUACAUGUUUCCCACGCGUGACCCAAAGAAAAACGAAGAAAAAAACAAAACAAAAUUAUUAUUAUUAUCAAAAGAAGAAGAAGAAAAAAAUCAUCAUUAUUAAAAUAUAUAUAAAACCCCAGCUUUACAUCACCCACGGAACUUAGAACAACAACAACAACAAAAACAACAACAACAACAACAACAACAACAACAACAACAACAACAACAACAACAACAACAACAACAGUCCACAUCUACGAAUGAAAACAGAAAAAAACCCCACUGCCUUUGAUGACUAACGCCCCCCUCGCCAAAAUGACCACGGGACGGCAAAGGGCCUUCCGCGCCCUCUGCAUCGCCGCCUGCAGUAUAGUGUGGACGGCCCUCUCUGCGUCAGCCAAGUCCAUCCCUACGUCAGAAGGACAAGUAGACCCUUGCAUGCCGGUUGCACUGUUCGCCCGCCAACUGGAAGGAGAGGAAAAAAACAAUAUUGCAAUACGAAGUUGAAACCGCCGGGAACUGCAGAACAAAGCCGAAAUGUGCCGAUUUUUUCAUCAGAAUUCUUCAGUGCCAUGAAGAAGGCGGAGACAUCUAUUCCAAACCAAAGAUGAAAGCCAGCUUUUGUGCCUAUGACACGGGCUGCUACAAGGUUGCCUGCGGGAACAUCACUUCGAACAAUGUAACUCUGGUCGGGCUGUCACAGAUUGCCGUGUACAUCAAAACGCCUAGAUUCAGAAAUUCCAAAUCGGUCGAAAUCUCAGUGACUUCAAAGGAUCCAAGAGUCACUGGUUUUAAAUUCUACAUUCGCGACAACGUGACGGGGGAGAGCUUAUCAACAGGUAAAGUUCAAGAUCCAACUUCUUCGCUGGAGGUGAAGGCGAAUGGAAGUUUCGUUCGCAGGAAAUGUUACAAGUUUUCCUUCACGCCGAUAGUGAAGGUAACAGGCUGUAAGAAUCCUGUAACAGAAUAUGCAGUGGCUUGUUACAACGCCCCAGAUACGACAGACAUGGAAGAUAAUACUCUACCAUUGACCUUGAGUUUUAGCACAGUAAUGUUACUAGGAGCUAGCUUAUCAAUCCUCGUGUUCGCCUGCCUCGCCGUCACUGCCGCCAUCUAUCGGAGGAAAAAAUCGGGAAUCGAGCAACACGGCAAACGAGGAGAUAGAACUUUACGAGCGAAUAGAGUACUUGUGGUUCACGCUCUUGAUGACUGCAAGUUGCAAGAAAAAUGUACGGAGUUGUGUAUUGCAAUCAGUACUCACCUGGGGGAUGCUAGAAAGGUACAAGACAUUUACCUGACGAAGGACAGCUCCCUCCUCCUUGACCCUCAGGCAUGGGUCACAGACAGGGUCAUAGCUACCACCGACGAAGGAGCAGAGGAAGAUAGAACGAAGAUUGUUCUUGUUCUCUCUCCGCUUAUGGCUCAUCUGCGGGAAGCCUUGGACGAAGAAAAAGCUGAAUUUGAUUUCUUCGGUCGCCACCCUCACCCCCACGACCCAGCGCUAAAGACAUUCCUCCGCCACCUUGCUACGCCAGCGCUCAAGAUGGAUUACCAGCGCCUUCUCCUUGUUAGAUUCGCUGAUCUCCACGAACACUGGUCAGGUGAUCUUCAUGACCUUGUACCUGGGAAGAGAUUCAUCUUACCGAACCACGAAGAUCAGUUCCUAGAUGCAAUAGGUUUUAGAAAAAGUAUAGUUUGAUCCCAUUCGUUACAAUGGAUAUUCUUGGUGUGACAUCGUGUCUGUUGUAUUUUGCUUCUAAGUUAUCCCCUGUGUUGCAAGGAAUGGCCGGGGUUACCAUCCACUGGCGGCGAGGGAUUCACACGCAGGUCAGCAAGAUUGCUAGACGAGAUCGCUACCGCUGCACCACACAGCACGUAAGGUAAAAAGGUCGGCCACUGUGGGGAGAGUCUUUCCCUGGUCGGGCCCGUAGGAGCAUGUGAGAGAGAUCUCGCGCGUCUUGUUUCGGCACAAAAAGUAUACAUAGGGUUCGGUACUAAGAGCAGGUUAGAGUUAAUCAUGUGGUAGCGGAAUUAGCUUUCAGGAUCGUGGCCAAAGCUAUAACUAUCUAACCUGACUGAAGGAAAAGGCCUGAAUGUUGUGUUGCGUCGUCAAUGUACUCCCGUUAAGCAAGAGUACGAAGGUUUACAAAUAAAAGAAAAUAACAAGAAAAUAAGAGUGAACUGAGAUACCACCAAACAAGCAUGUUCACCAAGUUCAGUGGAACAUAUAAAGAGCAUAAUAGGAAUUGAUCUUCUCACCUAGUUAAAAUAAAGAAAAUGAAAUGUGAUGAAAUAAAAAUAAAAGCCAGUUCGCUAAGUUAUUAUUAUCAAGCCAUAAAAGAAAAAUACACAAGUAAAACCUCCACGAAAAAAAAAACAAUCUUAAUAAAAACAGAAAAACAAUACCUUUAAAAACCGCUAAAUCUCCUCAGCUUCGUCAAACCUUCGUUAAAACCAGGAAUAAUAAGAAAUCCAAAAUGAAUAAGAGUCCGUUAAAAACGCCGGAUUUCUGAAGGAAAGGCCGAGCGUAGUUCACUGAGCCAAGGUAUCCGCAACUCCCCUACAAGGUCGUUGACAAGACCUUUUAUGCGAACAAGGUCGUGCGCCAAGUUCGUUAACUACGGAGUCUGCGCAGCAAGAGUCGUCGUUCUUAAGUGUCGUCUGCUCCUUGAGACGUUACAGCUUCUAAUUCAUUUAUUGUGGUAUUGUUCUUUUUCAUUUGAUAUUUGCAUCAGAGGUCUUUAAUAAAAACACAUGACAUUUUUUAUAUGAAUUAAAGGAACGAUUUGAAUAAAACAGCUGUGGCAGUGUAUGGCGUGUUAUCUUGUAUGUUGUUUGGGCUCGAGAGAUUUGUGCGUAAUACAUGUAUGAUAUGGAUGCUCUUAUUUGUGUUGCCUCUUUAGUCAGCCAGUGGUUAUUGUUUCGACUGGGACUCGGUGUUUUGGAAUAUAAUAUCCCAGAUGGCUUUUGAUAUCUUAUGUGGGUUGUGCUGUGUCAUAAUACCCAAGUAUAGGCAUGAAAAUAACUGAGGAAGGCGGAAUGAAUCUAGGAACUCGACAAAUGUUUACCGCCUACUGAAUGCCUGUCAUGCGAGAGGAAAAGACGGCUGUGGUCAUCAGCACGCGAACAACACGAGAAAGAAAGAAAGAAAGAAAGAAAGAAGCCCACAAGACGCAGAUGCAAAAACCCGAAGUGCCCUUUGACUCAAAAUGGCGAACGCAUCACGUGGCAGAGCAAGAAAUCACGAGUUUGAAAUGUCAAUCCGUUCCAGUCAAUCGUAAUGUAGAUCUUCAUAUAUCAUCCCUCUUGGGUGGCAAGGAGAAAAAGCGGAAAGUAAUAUAAACAGUGUUAAAACAUUACUGGGACACGGAAAAGUCUUGAUAGACGUAUCUUUCAUUAUGAAAUAACUAGAUGAUAACCAGCAAGGACGUGCCAGGGUGGGUCCCAUAUCGAAAAUAAAACGACGCUCAGUGAGGGAGAUUUUAGACUGGCUUUCAGAAUAGCGUCCAGUAGCCAUACUUAUUUGGUGGCUCACCCCGAUAAGCCCGUUUGAAGUGGUUUAGUGUACUAAUCGUGAUGGAAAAUGAUGGACAGGAACUAGAUGUGAAAAAUAGUAACAUGGGAGUGUUAUUCAAGGACAUGGUUCGGAUUAGGAGGAAAAUUAUGGAUUUCUAAGAAUAUAUAAUGAAACAAGUUGAUUGUAAGAUUUGACUUAAGUUGUGGUGAUAUUGUGUUAGAUAUAUCUUGAUUAACAGUUACAAGAAAUAGGUUAGUUUGUAGACAGUGAUUUCCAACGGAGCGUGAGAUUGAAUUUAUGUCUAUUUGCUUUUAUCAUAGUUUAUUGAUUCAUUUAGAAUUGGUAGUUAAUUUGUAUUUGAAUUAACAAUUUGCUUCUCUUGUGUUUGACCACAUGUGUAAAUUCACCAAUACGUCAUAUACUGACCUGGAAUGAUUAAUCUAUUGCUCUAAUAAAUCCUUUGAGGUAAUCCCAUGCUCGUCGCUAGCUUUGUAACGUUGGGUCUUCCUGUAGCCUUCUGUUUUAUGGUUAAUUAUAUGCCUUCUUGUAAGGUGCUGCUUCACAUAAUUUUCAAUAAUUUUGUUAUAUUGCAUUGAUAAUUAUUAGUUAAUAAAAUUAUUGACUUUUACAAAGAAUAAUGAAACAGUUUUUAAUCUAAAAAUCCACUAAUAAAUUAUUCAGUGGUACACUAUACUUAAUGAGAGCAAUUAAACAUUUAUCAAUAUAACAUAAGCCUUUGACUCUUGAUAACAGUUGUGGGGUGUGGGGCCAUGUGGGGUGUAGGGACUGCGAGCUAGAUCUGUGCGUCUGUUUGUCCCGAAGUCUCGCCUUGUAUGUGGUGGGUCCCUUCUCGGGCAGUUGGUUGCAGUGUCUGUAUAAGUAUAUAAACACUUCCAUAGACCUUGGAUGCUUGCUUCCACCCGCUAGAGUGUGAGGGUGAGAGAGAGAGAGAGAGAGAGAGAGAGAGAGAGAGAGAGAGAGAGAGAGAGAGAGAGAGAGAGAGAGAGAGAGAGAGAGAGAGAGAGAGAAGAGAGUACAAAAAAUAUUUACCGUGUGGAUGAAAUGGAAGAAACGCAAAACAUAUUAAUGAAAAAGACGAGAGAACAUUUCAGAAAUCCUCCUGAAUACCAUCUUCAGGUUUUAGGAAUGACGAAACUAGUUCAUAGAAAAGAAAUAAAGAGUGCAUGGAAUAUAGGCCACUUUUAACGAACAAAAGCACCAAGUUCACACUGUUGAAAUCGUUCAAUAUUGUCAAUGUGUCGUGGCCCUCAUUCAGUUCUGUUUGUAUUGCGAAUGAAUGGUAUAGUUUUGUGUAAUUUGCAUGUUUUAUAUUGCAACUUACAGAUCGUGAAUUUGUGCAUAAUUGUGUAUGAUUUUAUUUUAAAUGGCAAACUAAGAAUCACGGUUUUUUUGUGGGAUUCUGUGUGGUGACCGCAUUUUGGAAUAAGGAUCUGUUAUGUUAAUUGAAUAUAUGAAAAAAUGAAUAUUUGUACAGCU